AUGGACCGAGCCAUUGCUUCAAGAAGCCGAUCUGGCUGUAUAAACUGUAGGAAGGGUCGGAUUCGCUGCGAUGAGAAGAAGCCUGAUUGUACUACUUGCAUAACCAAAAAGAAAACAUGCUCAUACAGCCCGGCUAGGCUUCCGCUUCGUGAGGUUAGAGCACAAGCAUUGCCUGGAGAGCAAACUCCUUGGGCUCUCCCAGUCUCCCACCCACAUCAAAUAUUCCCUUCGGCAAAAAAAGAGUCGAAAGCGUCAACUAGCAGAAGAAGAAAACAACCAACAGAAAAGGAAACGAUGAUACGUCGAUGGAGAUUGCCUCGACCAGACGCUGUAGAUCCGUUCAACGUUCUCCCGAUCAAGAUGCCUUUCAAUUCCAAAGAAUUGCUUCACUAUUUCCCUACUAGUGUUGGUUCGGCGGUCAAGACACCAGUGGCGCUUCGAAACACGCUCAUCGUUGCUGGAGUUCAUCAUGUUUGGAACACUGGGGAGCUUCGAUCAUUCAAAAGCGCCUUCCUUUCCCACAAGCUUCAUGGUGUACAUCAAGUAAACGGAUGGCUGAAGAGAACACCGGAUACAGCCACGUUUUUCAAGUGUUGUCAACUAAUUGCUACAUUAUGUAUCACCGAGUGUUGCGUUAAGAAUUUCCCAGUUGCCGAUGCACAUUUAGCAGGUCUCCUGGCAUAUAUGGAUCAUUUUGCGGCUGCCAAACCCGGGUUUGAUCUCGCCGAAAGCAUUGAAGGAGAACUCUUGAACAGAUACUUUAUUUUAGCCUUCAACAUUAUGCACGGUCUGAAGAGUCAAGUAAAUGACUUCAUGAAAGUGAUACCCAAAUCAAGCGAUCCUCAGCGAUCAAUAGACAAGAAAAAACUUAGGGACAUGAUUUAUAAUGCCCACACGGAUGAAGAAGAGCGCCUAUCAAGACUGAAGGGGGUAUCGCUAUUUCCAUUCUUCUUCCUACCCCUCGAGGCUGUGAAGAAGCCAUUCCGCCAUAUUGACGUCAGCACUAUGCUUGAUUCUCUCCGAGAUGUCACAAAAGCGUACGAUAUGCGAUUUGAACGGCCUUCACGAGAGGGUGUCAUUGAUUCUCUGUAUAAUCUAUGGCAUAGCGGCGCGCCUUCUAAAAUGUUUGUUGCAUCCAUCGAUGCGCACGCCAGGUCAAUUUCACACAAUACCGACCCCUCUACCCAUGGGAAUGAUUCGUUGCUAUCUUCGUGGUCGGGAUUUAAUGUCGCUGAGGGAAUGUACCUUACCUCUGUGCUGGGAAUCUGGAAUUCGGGCUCACCUCCUGAGACGCCACUUCACUCACGUGGCCUUCUUAUUCUUGAGAGGGAUCUGCAGGCUGAAUUAGCAGAACUUGACAAAAGAGGAGAGCAAGAGCAGGCGCUGUGGCUUUGGAAAUUGUUUGUCGGGAUCCUCAGCAUAGCCCACGCCGAUGUACAGUCGCGGAAGAGCUUCUUUCAAGAGUUAAGUGCGCGAUUCUCCCAGCUAAUCCGCAAAUGGAUUGAUUUCAGAGACAUGGAAUCAAUACAGUGGGAAAAUGCUAGGGAGGUACUCAGCAGCAUCACUUGGCCGGUGCAUUUUCAGAAGGAAGAAAUAGCUCGUCAGCUCUGGUGUAGUGCGAUUUUGGGGGAUGAGUAUGUAGGCAGCGGUUUCUUCAAGAUCCCGCCACGUACAAAAUAA